AUGGCUGUUUGUAUGUACAUUUGUACAUAAACUAAAACUGCAUAGACGUUUAGGUUUAAGUGUGGUCAAUCAUUUGCUGACGCAGAAGCCCUAACUCCAAUUACCGUGAUCAGAGCCAAACAGCAGCUGAGAUAAAUCAACAUUUAUAAGCUAAUAAUAUGACAUCAGUAUUUAAUACAAUUAUGUGGAUAUGCCUAUUUGUUGUUGCUGUUAAAACGUGCAUUGCAAUUGCUUAUGAUCCAAACGAUACAAAAAUCGCUUCAGUUAUUCCACCUGAAGGUUUUUUCGAGGCAUUUUAUCCGAGAGAAAUGGAUGGUGUGCCCAACAGUGCUUCCCGUCCUGCUCAUGCGCACGGCAGUUUCUUUAAGCAUCGCAAUCCAGCUUUGGUGGACACAAAGAAUGCAGCAGCUUACGGAUAUCGUUUUGAUGGUAAACGGCGUUUCAAUUUAAAGUAAAGAUUUAAUAAUAAUAACAUUGUGUGCUCUCCUCAUGGUUUUAUGAAAAUUCAAUAAAAUGUAAAAUUAAUAAUAUACAUAUGUAUGUAUGUAUAUCCAAUGGA